AUGCCUCACGAUAAUCGUGUCGAGCAGCUGGAAGAUCUGAAGAACAUCGAGACGAAUGCCGACUUCUAUGAGAAGCUUGCAUCGGGCAAGAUUGCCACGACACAGUCUGAUGCGUCCUCUCUGAGCAAGAUCGGAGGAUAUGCGCAGCCGUACUACAUCCCAGUGCCGAUAACGAUCAAGUCGCAGCUUGGAAGUCCAACCGCUCUUGCCAUCGGCGCUUUCGCGACCACAUUGACGACUUUGUCGCUUGCAUUGAUGGGCUUCCGCGGCGUAGGUGUUACCAAUGCAUUCGUCGGCAACUUCUUCGGUGUGGCAGGAAUCGGCAUGUUUGUUUCUGCCAACUGGGAGCUGGUCCUCGGCAACACAUAUGCCUACACCGUGCUAGCAGCUUUCGCUCUCUUCUAUGCUGGUUUCGGCAUCAUUUUGACACCAUUCUUUGGCGUUGCUGAAUCGUAUGGUGGCGCCGAUACUCCCGAGUAUUACAAUGCCGUCGGCUUCUUUGUUCUGAUGUGGGCAGUAUGGAACCUAUUCUUCCUGCUCGGAUCGCUCCCUUUGAAUCUGGUCUACAUCGGCAUCUUCUUCACCGUGCAGAUGGCGUUCACGCUGGUCGCUGCGGCGUACUUUUGCUUCGCGGACGGUAAGAUGGAGACUGGUAAGGCUGUUCAGACGGCUGGAGGUGCCUUCGCGUUCGCUUCUGGAAUGUUGGGAUACUAUACUGUCGCGAACCUAAUGUGCCAGACGGCGAUGCGAUUCAGCUUCCCGAUGGGCGACACAAGCCGGUUCUUCAAGCAUAAGAGCAAGCAACUGUGCAGUGAGGUCAGAUUAGAGACGGAGUGA